AUGCCAGAGCCAUCUCGCUGGCGACGUCCAGCCCAAAACUUUCCCCUAUUCCCCCAUCUCGCCGUCGUUCCGGCCAUUCUUGCCAUCGCAACCGCCAUCGCCCUCUUCGUCCACUCCGACGUCAACGCCGCCCUCCUCUGGUCGCAAUGCCACUCGCACGCACUCCUCCCCACCCUCAGUCGUAUCCCUAUUCUAGGCACACCAGCCUGCUUCCUCGUCAGCUUCUUUUACGCAGCGCUUGACUCCUUCCGCAGCAAGGCUGUCAUGUCCGUCAUCCUGUCAUUCGUAGGCUCACUCUUGACAGUCUCCACGGUCGAGUCGGCCCGCAAAGUGAACGAGAAGAACGUCGUUGUUUCGAGACCAACCCUGCCGUGGUUGGUGUUUAACUUGGCGGGCGGAGCGCUCGUUUGGCAGCUCGUUUAUGUGCCUGCGUUUAUCUUGGGAGCCAAGGCCUGGCCGUUUCCCGGUACUGGACGCCUGAUCACUGACACUGGUCAUGUGGAUGAGCCUGUGCAGAGGGACGGCGAUGAGGAGCGCGACCCUGUGCAGAUGGAUAAGGGAAGACAGGUUAAGCUUGUGGAAGUCAUUGCCAUUCCUAUUGCUGUCGCGUUGGGCUAUUAUGUUCCAACAACUUUGAUGGUUUCGCUCAACAACCCCGUUACUAUUGGGACAUGGCUCUUCUUCCCGGCUUAUGUAUCUCUCAUCAGGCAAGGGGUUCGGUAUGUGCUGAAUAAAUUGCGGAGAUUCCAGGAUGGACCGAUGAUUCACAUGGAGGCAAACACCAAGGCUUUUAUUGCUGUUUAUGCUGUUCCUAUUCUGUGCUCUCUGCUCUCGCACGGCUUCAUCAUUGGCAACUUGACCAAAUCUGAUGAUCGGAAGGAAAUGACCCGUUCGGCGGUCAAAUUUAUCGAGAUUGACUCGCAGUUUAUCGGACUGACGAUUCUAUACUGGGUGUUCACAGAAGUUGGUUGGAGGGCUCCGCUGGCUAUUGUCAUCACGUCCAUUUUCCUGGGGCCGGGAGCAGGUACCGCACUAGGGUGGCUGUAUCGCGAGAAGUUGAUUACCUCCGAUUUAAUCAUGCAGUUGCUAACUCAAGUUAACGACGAGGAGCGUGGUGGGGAUCCCGACGAAGAGACACCCCUUAUUCAGUGA